CGAUCCAAAUGUGGUCCAAGCCCAGGAACACAUCCAAGUAGCAAAUCGGAUACUUGGUGAUCAAGAAAGGCUAAUAAGAAAUAUAUAGUUUUUCCUUUUCGGUUUAAACCUAUCCAAAAUUUCCCAAAUCUUUUCCCAAAAAGUUUUGUUUCUUUUUUGGUCGAACCCUAUUUACCAAAUCCCUAAAUCUUUCCCCAAAUUUCCCACUGGCUCUCUCUCAACUUCAAAGAAUGCGCCGACUGAUUUUCUGACGAGUGAAGAAACAGGCAAAUUACUAGUUGAAGUACAAGUUUGCAAAAGGUUGUGUUAUAUAGCAUGUGCACACCAGAAGAAGAACCACAGUGUCGUGGGUGGUAUUUUACGAGGCAGGAGAUAGAACAUUGUUCUCCAUCUCGGAGGGAUGGGAUUAGCAGGAAGAAAGAGACAGAAUUGCGCGAGUUAUAUUGCUCGUAUCUUAAAGAGCUUGGCAUGAGGCUUGAUUUGCCUCAGGUGACAAUAGCAUGUGCAAUGAUGUUGUGCCACCGAUUUUUCAUGCGUCAAUCUCAUGCUAAGAAUGAUUGGAAGACAAUUGCAACUGUAAGCAUCUUUGUUGCUUGCAAAAUACAAGAUACACGGCGCCCUCUGAAUGAUGUUCUUCGUGAGGCAUCUGAUAUGCUUCACAAAUCGGAUGCUUCUGCAUUACCAUAUGUCAGACGAAAAGAAGUCUUCAAGGAAUUGAUUUUAGUUGCAGAGAUACUUCUGUUGUCCACAAUUGGUUUUGAUUUUGAGAUGAAGCUUCCGUACAUGUCACUUGUUGAAGCUUUAAGGAGAUUAGAUCUUUUCUCUGUCCUUGCUGAGAGGGCAUGGAAUUAUGUUAAUGAUUGCCUUUGCACAUCAUUGUGCUUGCAGUAUGAGCCCAACUACAUUGCAGCUGGUUCACUGUUUCUUGCUGCAGAAAUAGAAAAAGUCAAACUUCCUAAGGAGGAGGGAAAAGUUUGGUGGGUGGAAUUUAAUGUUUCGCCGAAACAGUUAGAUGAUGUCAUUCAAGAGAUGGUACGUAGUUUGCAGAAGGCAAGCAGAAAACAAGCUCUAUCACCCAAAAAUGGUGGGAAGGGAAAUCAGUCUGAAACUUUAAUAAGAAGGCCAAGUGAUCCUAGUAGCUCUCAAUCAUGUGUUUCAAGUGAACCAGUGGUUGAUUGUCAUUUUAGGCACAGCACCUUGGUGGAAGAGGACAGAGGACUAGGAGAGUCUAUUAUGUCUUGCGGCCAAAAUGUUAUAGAAGGUGAAAACUGUACCACCACGAAGGAAGCUUUGUCAUGCCACACAUGUGAUAGUGGCAGUCCAAGUGGCAAUGUUGAGGAUGGUGGUGCUGGGAUCAAACCUGUCAGAGAGGAACCAGAUGAUCAGAACGAUAAUGCGAUUGACAUUGACCGGAUUAGAGAUAAAUUGAAGAGGCGGAGAUCAGGCGGUAAAGUUUUGAAUAAGAAGAUGGUGGAUGCCACAGAUGUAGAGAUAGAUGCUGAAGCCUGGAUAGAAAGUGAGCUUGAAGGUGGUAUAGUGGUAGAAGAUGCCUCCCCAGAGAAGGAACAAAAGGAGGUAUUGUGAGGUUUUGAAUUGGGCUUUCAUGCCAUUACUUGUAUCACUUCCUUUGUAUAUCACUUUCGUUGGGAAUGUGAUUGUGUACUAGUUUGUAGCACCUGCUCUUUUAUAUGCAGUUGCUACUUGUUAAACUUAGUUCUUUUCAUUUUUAUCAGUAAAGGAACUUCAUUCAUACU